AUGAGAAAUCCUUUAUUGACAUUAAUGCAAAAUAACUCAAGUUAUGGAAUGUCUGACCUCAAGGGUAAAUUUUUUGAUUCAGACGAUAAUAUCAAGGACUAUAUUGACGAGGUACCACUUCGCAAAAGGAAAGCAGAAGAUUUGGACAAAGGAAAUGAGAACCAAGCCAAAAAGGGAAAACUAAUUCAACUUGAACAUGAUGAGAGUUAUGUACGAUACUAUAUAACUGGCAACUCAGGUAUUAGUAAGACAUAUUUCAGAAGAUUAAUGUUAAUCGAGCUUCUUAAACAAGGUAAGCAAGUCCUGAUAGACUAUAUGGGGUUCACAGCAUUAAUUGAUCUCAAGGAUUCCAACAAUUUCUUAAUAGAGUUGGAAAAUGAAUACGAGUUCAGAAAAUUUGUACAACAAAAGCAUGUAUGGUGUAUAAUCGAUGGAGUAAGUCCUAAAGUGAACCAUGAUUUUGAUAGAGGAAAGAUUAUUUUAGUAUCUUCGCCUAAAAAAGAAAUAAUUGGAGGUUUCAUGAAACAUCAGAGAUGCAAACAAUUCAAUAUGCCAACAUGGGAAGAGUUAGAGGUUAAUGAAUAUUGUAAUUAUUUAUCUAAACCUCUGGUGUCAGUGAAGGAAAAGUUUAGAUUAUGUAGUGGAAUUGUGAGGUUGAUUUUUGAUCACAAGAUAACACUGGAAGAUCUUAAAGAUAAUAUUGCAAGCGUAGUAACAUCAGUUAAUUCAAAUAUACUCUCUUAUCAAAGCCAAAUUAUGAAAGAAAUGGGAAGUCUCUGUAGACAAUUGUUUGAAAUGUUAUGUCAUGUGAUUCUUCGUAGUAGUAAGGAUUUCCUAGUAUGUGAACUUCUAAAUGUGCGUGUUAAAACUAAAAACUUUAGAAUCCUAGAAGAGGAGUUUUACGAUAAAGUUCCAGAGAUUAAUGGAAAUGAAAACUGUUAUUAUCGACUAUAUAGCAAGACUAGUAAAAGCGUUGAUAGUUACAUCCAUUCUAAUCAAUUAUUACAAAUAACAGUUGCCAAGAAACAUGAAAUCAAGCAAAAAAGGAUAAAGAAUCUCAAGAGUAUCUUGAAUAAAUCGAAUGAAAUUUAUUUAUACUUUGCAGUUUCAAAAGAUAAUUUUGAUUCAUUCACUAAGAAACAGAAUUACUUAGAGAAAAAAAAGAAAGCAGUAGAUGUUAAAGAUUGA